AUGAAGCUGCAUCAGGUAGAGCCCAAGGGGCAGUCAAAUUUUAUCAAUGCAAUUAAAGUGGCACAUUUGGCGCUCAAGCAUCGGCAGAACAGAAAUCAUAAGAUGCGAAUCGUCGUUUUUAUUGGCAGCCCAAUCGAUCAUCUCGAUCCUGCUGAACUUACAAAACUUGCGAAGAAGCUGAAAAAAGAGAAGGUUCAAGUGGAUGUGAUCUGUUUCGGUGAAGCCGAUUCGAAUAAAAGCGAAAUUAUGGGGCAGUUCGUUGAAACACUCAAUGGCAAGUAA